UCCAGGGUUUAGGCCCCCUGCCCGGGUUAUGUGGCAUCUUGUCACCUGCACACACACAUGCCUGCAUGCAUGUACACCCUGCUUCCAGCUGCUCUUUGCCAAGUUAAAGAUUAGCCCAGCCUGCCUCAUUCCUCCACAUCCUCUGUCCAUGACCCUCCCAGGGCACCUGACGUAUCCCAUCCCCUCCCCACCCUUUACAAAUACGCCUGAGCUCCUAAGGACAGUCAGAACCUCUCCAGCCUCCUGCUCCCUGCUCUGCACGGUCAGGUGUUGUUUUUGUCACUCCCUGCACUUGCCUUCAAAGAUGGAGCCAGGUCCAAAGGGGCACUGCCAUGGAGGCGGGCACCCUCCUGGACCUGGGCACCACCCUGGCCCUGGGCACCACCCUGGAGGCGGGCCCCCUCAUGGCCCUGGGCACCACCCUGGAGGCGGGUCCCCUCAUGGCCCUGGGCACCACCCUGGAGGCGGGCCCCCUCAUGGCCCUGGGCACCACCCUGGCCCUGGGCACCACCCUGGAGGUGGGCCCCCUCAUGGCCCUGGGCACCACCCUGGAGGCGGGCCCCCUCAUGGCCCUGGGCACCACCCUGGCCCCGGGCACUGCCCUGGAGGCGGCCCCCACCCUGGCCCUGGGCCCUGUCCUGGGAAGGGCCACCCCCCAGGGCCUCCUGGUCCACAUCACUGAAGAAACGGAAGAAACAAACCAAGAAUGGGGUGCCUGACCUGGCAUGAGUUCUGAACCAGAAUCUUCUGUUCAAAAUAAUCAGCCUCCUGGAGGCCAUGUUCUCCUCUUAAAA